AUGACGAAGCUUGAGAUUCCUAUCAUCGACUUCUCUGGUUUCUACUCAGAAGACCCAGCGGAGAAGAAGAAGGUUGUAGACCAGGUCCGCGAAAGCUGUUUAUACAAUGGAUUUUUCCAGAUCCUGGGACAUUCUGUUCCGGUAGAUAAGCAAGCGAAAGCCCUUCAGUGCGCCAAGAAGCUCUUCAACCUGCCUCUGGAGGAGAAGGAGAAGGUCUCCAAAAAUAAUAACACCUGGAACCGUGGUUAUGAGAUGUUGAGGUCACAGAUUCUUGAGGAGGGUACUCAGCCCGAACUUAAGGAGGGUUUUUACAUCGGCGAUGAAAUUCCCAAGUCUCACCCCUAUUUCGUCAACAAGAAGCUCAACAGUGGCCCCAACCAGUGGCCCGAAGCUUUGGGAGACGAUUUGGAGGACUUUAAGUUUCAGACCAUGGAUUACUAUAGGUCAACACUGAGCCUUGCCUCUGAUCUUAUGCGAGUCCUGGCACUCUCCCUUGAUCUCAAGGAGGACUACUUCAGUACCUUCCUCGAUGGUGCUGUUGCUACCAUGAGGCUCCUGCACUAUCCCUCUCAACCCAAAGAUGCUGAUGAGAAGCUCACUAGAGGUAUUGGAGCCCAUACCGAUUUCGGCGCUAUCACAAUGCUCCUUCAAGAUGAUGUCGAUGGGCUGCAAGUUUGGGACCAGAAGAACAACACAUGGAUUGAUGUUCAACCAACCAAGGGUGCAUUCGUUGUCAAUCUGGGCAAUCUGAUGGCUCGAUGGACAAACGAGAAGUACAAGAGCAACGUGCAUCGCGUUAUCAACAAGACUGGCAAAGAGCGAUACUCCAUCCCAGUCUUUGUAUCUGGCAACCCCGAUUACGUUGUUGACUGUAUUCCAACCUGCAAAGCACCUGGGGAGGAGGCCAAGUUCAAGCCAGCUACUGUUGAGGAGGUCGUGUCAGCAUCUUACGCGGAGUCAUACGGAAGAGCUCAGCUGUACAAGCAGGGCUUGGAGAAGAAGGCUGAGAGCAAGGUGGAAAGUACACCUCUCCAGCAGGUUGCAGCUUGA